AUGGUCUUGGCCGCAGAGAACUUGGCAGAAGCCGGCCUCUCAUGGCAACAGACGCUGUCUCUGGUGAUCGGCGGCAGCGACGUGUCGAACCCCGUCUUCGAUGACCUGUUGCCCGAUCACCUGGAUGUCGGCAUCGCCCCAUUGCGGAUACCUGGACAGGCGAUGUGGCUGGUGGAUGCUGUGGCAGGGCGCCAAGUGCUCGCGGUCGACUUGGCUAAACGGCUGGAUGACUUUACACGUGAGCUCCCGGAGAUCUCUGUGGCACAGUCCGCGCUUGAUCAUGUCAUGUCCACCUAUGUUUACAAUAUGGACAAAGCCUACAAGAGGCUUGAGUCAUAG